UUUCCGCAGAGGCAACUGAUGCGCCGAGUCUUCCGCACCUUCUCCAAACUGCUCUUGAAUACAUGUUGACGCAAAUAUAGUUAGACCUCAUUUUAAUUUAGAAAGAUAGGUAAUAUGUUGCAUAGGGAAAGGGUACCGCUGUUAUGGGUUUUCGUGCAGACUGCGGUCGUCGUGGCGUGGUGUUUCGCUGACAUGGAAACAGGGCCUGGGGCAGGUGUACCGACACAGCCGAACGGAGAUCGGUUCAAAAUCGAGGGAAGAGCGAUAGUUCCCGGGGUGAAAACACAAGACUGGGUCUCCACAGCCAGAGUUCUGGUGGAAGGCGAAGAAUACGUGGGGUUUUUGAGAACUGAUGGAAGUUUUGCUGUGAAUGACGUCCCUUCAGGAUCCUACGUUGUGGAAGUUGUCACCCCAACUUAUAGAUUUGAACCAGUGCGUGUUGAUAUCACAUCCAAGGGCAAAAUGAGGGCACGUCUCGUGAACUACAUCAAGACUUCAGAAGUAAUUCGCCAGCCAUAUCCUCUCCAAAUCAGGGCUAGCGGUGCUCACAGCUACUUCAUGAAGAGGGAGACCUGGGGCUGGACAGACUUCCUUAUGAACCCAAUGGUUAUGAUGAUGGUUCUGCCCCUGCUGAUCAUUGUUUUGCUGCCCAAAGUGGUCAACACCAAUGACCCAGAGAUGAGAAAGGAAAUGGAGCAGUCCAUGAACAUGCUGAACCCCAACCCAGAGCUUCCAGAUGUCUCUGAGCUCAUGACCAAGCUCUUCUCUGGCUCCAAGGGAUCCAGCAAGGCAGGCAGCAGCAGCAAGGGAACCAGGCCGGCUGCCAAGAGGAGGUAGUACUGUACUGCACACUGUCUCCUCAGUCUGCCUAAAGAAGCACGAGUAAUGCCAUGGAAGCAAGAUUUUUAAGUGUCACUUUUCCCUCUGGGUCUAUUGUACAGUUUUCUUUAUUGAUAGAUGUUUUCAGCUCAUCUCGGUUUCUAUUAUGCUAUUGGAAACUGAGCAAUAAUAUGUUUUUUUUUUUUUUUUUUUUUUUUUUCGUACGGCACUGAUAGAAAUUUCUUAAACUCUGCAAAAGCUAUAGUUCUUAAUUUUCUCUAUACUUUGUACAAGUGGCUCUACUACUCAUCGAUCUUUUCUGUGCUAACCCUCCGGUGUGCAUUUUUCCACUGCUGCUAAUUGUACUAUCUGAAAGAGAACAUAUAAACAUACUCAGAGAUUUUCUUGUUUUUCCAAUUUCAGUAAUAUGACUGUGAAUGAAGAUGAAUUGAAUUUUAAGACUCAUAAACUCUUAUUUAAAAGCUUAGAUAAAUAAAUUUCAAUGGUUAUAUAACAA